AUGGGAUCAACACAAACAACUAAUAACCAACAUAAACGUUAUCAAAGUCCAUUAUCAACUCCAAAGUCAGUUCAUAGUACACAAAAUAAACGUAAUGAUCGUUUUCGUACAACAAUGCGUAGUGUAACACUUCGAGCAUUAGCUGCUCGAAACUAUCAAAAUUUUGCAUCACUAUCAAAUGAUUCCGAUACAAAUAAUAGUUUAUCAACAAAUCCAAAUACAAUAACAACAACAAAUUCUCAAACAGAUGCUGAUUCCUAUUUAAGUGAUUUUGAUUAUCGAAAAUUCUCAACAUUAACUGGUCUAUCGGAAACAAAAAUAAAUGAAUUACAUCGAGAAUUUUUAAUUCUUUCACAUAAUGGUCGAUUAACUUAUGAACGAUAUAAAUCUAUGUUUGAAACUGUUUCAUUUCAACGUACACCAGCACAACUUGAAAAUUUAGCACGACAAACAUUUGCAAUUUUUGAUAAAGAUGGAAAUAAUUAUUUAGAUUUUGCAGAAUUUAUUGCUGCUUAUAUUACGAUGGAAAGAAAUGAACUUUCCUUAAAUGAUAAAUCUACACGUAAAGAAUCAUCUGUGCCACCACAACCACCAACAACAAUAGCUACUGUUAGACGUCAUGCAACAACAUAUUAUAGUCCUCAAAGAACUCUGGUCAAUGCAUCACCACUUAUAACACAUCGUCCAGUACAUUUUCCAAAUAAUUAUGCAUCCUAUCAUCCAUCUCAAUCAUCAGAACGAUAUGUCUAUCUUUCUCCGCAAUAUGCAUUUAGAUAG